CGCCGAAGUUGCAGUCGAAUGUGAAGAGCUUCAGAGAAGGAAUCCGAGACACUGCGAUUUGGAGAUCGAAUGUGAAGUCACGUGGAUCCAGUCGCACAUUUAUUUCCGUGAGUCGGCUUAGGGCUAGAGACGUCCGUCGGGGACAACUUUGACUUUCAUCGACCUCACAAAGGCCUAAACUACCGACCGACACAGGUACAUACGAGGAACAUGAUUAACGCAGUUUUCUCCACGGAAGGAGCCGCAGAAGUUCUCGCGGUGGUAUUCGUCGGCGCCAACUCUACCCGCCCUUUUCCGGACGUCCUACUCUUUCUUUCCAUUCUCACCGGCGUUCCAGUUCAGACACUACAAAGCCACUAUCGCUUCUUCUCCAAACAGCAGACGUUGAACGCGGCAGACCCGAAUUUGAACAUCGGCCCCGGGCACUACGUUGUGCAACCUAAUGCCGACGAAGAUCCCGCCCUCCCUCAGCUGGGCCGUUGGGCGAACACCGUCUCUCUCUUUCCUCCUCGAUCCGCAGCGUCGAGCAGGGCUGGCCCCCGUCCCGGUAGCGCAGGGACUGUCGCUUCAGCCUCUAACCCUCCGUCUGGAGUGAGUACUCCGCGUGACGACGACACCGAAGCUUCGCCUGAAGCCGUGAAACGAUACGCCCGGUUUACUCUGUCUCUCGGCUUGCGAGACCGUCGCUGCGUCGUCACGGGCAACGCAGAUCCGGAUGCCUUGGAGGGGGCACACAUUAUCCCACACUCGUGGAAGCGCCAACAUUACUGGGGCCUCCCUGAAGACAUUCGACAGACCCUGCUUCUGGACUAUCAGCCGCUCUGUAUUGACGAUGUGCGAAACGGCUGCUUAAUGGAAGCCUCGAUCCACGCCGCCUUUAAUAUGCAAUAUUGGUCUGUGGUAGAUGAGGGGGAUGGGCGGUGGCGGGUGGUCGCGAUGGACAAGAAAGCACCUUCAUCCAUCGUCGGUCAAUAUUUACGCAUACCCGACCCGGGCUCCGCCGACAACCACCUUACUUACCCUGAGUGCUUCGUCAAUCCUCGUUUUUUGCAGUUCCAUUUACAAAGCGCCGUCUUUCGGCGCAUGCGUGGCGCCGGCGAAGACGAUGAGGGUGACUAUGAUGAUCGCGACAAGCCGCUCGGCGACGUGAUGAAGAUCUGGGCUGAUGAGGAGAACUUCGGGCGUUACGUUCGCUCCGGCGGGAACGUCGCGCUAGCCGUCGAGUAGAGGAGAAGUUGUUGGCUCGUU